AUGGGGCGGUAUACAUUUCAAUGGUUACACCCAGCGCACGAGGUUUACGUUACGGGAACUUUUGAUAACUGGAGCCGGAGCGUCAAGUUAGAGAAAUCCGCAGAGGGCCAUUUCCGAAAGGACGUUGAGCUUCCAGAAACCAACGAGAGGGUACUAUACAAGUUCAUUGUCGACGGUAAUUGGACGAUAGACCCUUCUGCCCCUCAAGAGGACGACGGUAGCCAUAAUAUAAACAACGUUCUACAACCCGAAAUAGUAAAACCCUUACAUCCCUCAACCUCCGCUUCAACCAACGCGAUCGCGGGAACAGGAGGAACCACUGCCAUGUCUGGGAUAACACCGGAAUCCACAACAGCGGGCAUCGCUGGGAACAUCCCCAAAGAAACCAAUAACGCAACUGAAUCGGCACCAAGGAAGGUAUCGCAGUCUGAAGCUUCUGGCCCAGUCCCCUUCAUGUCGACUCUUGGCCCUGAGUCUACCACCGCACAGCUUGCCAAAAACGUCCCGCUGGAGCCCAAGAGAGAUACGCCCGGCGGAUUCCCGGAGACGCCAGGCGGGCAGACCCCGGGAAUGGACGAGCAAGUAUCAAUCAAUCCUCUACCAGCCACAGAUGGUAUUGGUAAUCCGAUUCAUUUGCAGCCGGGCGAGAAAGUACCCAAUCCUGAUAAGUCGAUUAACUCUGGAGUUACAACCGACAAAGCUGGAUAUGAGAAAGAUGCCAGCGACCCUUCUAUGGCGGCUUUAGCAUCAGCGCGAGGAUCCAUUGGCACCCAGCCUGUGCAAGUCAACCCACCAGUAACCGGCGGCGCCCCCAUAAUUCAGUCCGCUGCUCCUACUUCGACCACCGCUGCAUUAGCCGCCAAUGUUCCUCUAGAAAAGUCCAAAUCAACUGCACCAGGUAAUCCUCAUGAGCCGGCUCCCGAGGUCCCGGAGGUGGUCAAAAGGUCCCUUAGCGAUGCUCACAGGGACGCUGAAGCUGCGGGUUACGAAGAAGCCAUCAAGGAGAAGAAAGAGGUCGAACAAGAAUUGCUGCAGGACGUCAAGAGAGACGAUUCUGCUGGUGAACCUGCACCCGUGGUCACUGCAGCAACAUCUAGCAAGGCUCCUGCUGCAACGCAACCCCUGGCAAAAGGUGGAGAUGUGUCGCCAAGGACCCAGGAGCCCGCCGAAGGUUAUACAGCGGCCGCGCCUCCGCAGCCAACUGUGACCACCGGUCCUACAGAAACAACCGUUCCCAAGACCACGGGGCCAACGCAGGCUCAGCCGCAACCUUCUACGACCCAAGCCCAGCAACCAUCAACCACGAAGCAGACGGAAACUCCAAAAGACAAGAAAAAGAAGAAUCGAGUGAGCGGAUUCUUCUCCAAAUUGAAGGAAAAAUUAAAGUAA